ACAGAGAUAGAGUGAUUCCAUGAGCAAGGAAGAGACACAGAGGCUGAGAGGGAGAGCACAAGGCAGAGAUGGGGGGCGAGCACUGAGACAGAAGUAGUUGGCAUGACUGAGAUCUGCACACAAACGUGAGCAAAGGCGGGGAGGAGGGAAGAGAGGGGAGGUUGAAGGAGAGCCGGAGGAGAGGUAGAGAGAGAGAGAGAGAGAGAGAGAGAGAGGGAUGCAAGAUGAUGGAACCCAGAAAUAGGCUUCACAAGGCAGCUCCUCAUCCCGGCUCUCUGCGGCAGACAUGACUCUGGGCACUGGACUGUGCUGAAAUUAGCCAGGGGGACAACACAGGACAGCAGGUCUGCAGCAGCACACCGCCUUGGUUCAGCAUCACUGGAUGCAGCUCGGCAGCUGAUUUAUUACUGAGGGACUGGGUGGUAUAGCGUGUUUGUGUGUGCGGCUCUGAGUGUGUGUAUGCAGGGAUUUUAUGGGUUCUUGAAGUGCUCGGAGCUGUGGGAGCAACCAUUCCUUCAGUCGUAAAAUGACAUUCAGCAGGCAGGAGCUUUGUGUGCUGGUGUGCAUCUGCAGUCCUCAGUAGGAAGUGGGAGAGUGGGAUUCAGAGCUGUCUUCGAGUGCAAGUGUGUGUCUUGUCGGUGCUGUUUACUGAGGUGAGCCAAGGAGGAUCAGAUAUAUAUGCAGUGUGUGUGUGUGUGUGUGUGUGUGUUUAGGUUAGAGUAGCAAGGGUGCAGCAAAGGCAAAGAUCCUACACAAUGCAAGGACAAGUGCAGAGCAGCACUGAUGGCAGGGAGUGCAGCUGAAGCACAAGGAGUGCCCUGGGGGUAGGGUGGAGGACGAAGGCAGGGACGGACGGAGGAAGAGGAGAGAAGAGCGAGGGGACGAAGAGAGGCGAGCGGAACAGAGAAGGUGAUCAUGGCUGUCAUAUGGUGAGCUAUAGCAUAUGCUGUAGCGCAGAACAGACUGGUGCGGCAGGGAGAGGACAAGCAUCACUGCAUAGGGGAGGGGGAGAGACUGAGGGAGAGAGGAGGGGGAGGCAAUCACCUCAGCACCUCUCCUCCGCCAAGGAAGAGGAGCACAACGGGACGGGCCCAGGAGAAGACACUCAGUCACACACACACAGAGUCAAAGACGCACUGACGUGGGGCCAGGUCUGCUUGCAGAGGUCAAAAGGGAGCUGGUGUGUGACAGAGGGGGUUGUGGGUACCUCCGCUGGUUGGCAGGUCCACAAGAGCUCAGGCCGGUCCUGAGAAGAAGAAGAAGAAGGAGAAGAAGAGUCUGUGGGAGAGAGAGGGGUCUGGUCCCCAGGUGCUGUUUCCUCUGACAGCUCUGCCACUUUUACAUCACCAUGGGAGAAUGGACGAUUUUGGAGAGGCUGCUGGAGGCGGCUGUCCAGCAGCACUCCACCAUGAUUGGAAGGUGGCCAGGAAAAGGAGACCAAAAGGAUGUCCGUGUUGCUCUGUUUCUGCUGGAUAUGAUCCUGCUGACAGUGGUGGUGAUUUUCCGGAUCCUGAUAGUUGGCAUCGUGGGGGAGAAGGUGUACGAGGAUGAGCAAAUCAUGUUCAUCUGCAACACCAUGCAGCCCGGCUGCAACCAGGCCUGCUACGACAAGGCCUUCCCCAUCUCGCACAUCCGCUACUGGGUCUUUCAGAUCAUCCUGGUGUGCACACCGAGCCUGUGCUUCAUCACAUAUUCUGUUCAUCAGUCUGCCAAGGCACGUGACCGAAGCUAUUCUCUCCUGCAUCCGUAUAUGGAUCACCAUGGUCACGGUCACCACGGUCGCCAUCACGAUCAUCACGCUCGCAAGCUUCACUCUCGCAACAUCAACGGCAUCCUGGUGCACCCUGACAGCAGUAAGGAGGAUCACGACUGCCUGGAGGUCAAGGAGAUCCCUAAUGGACCCCGAGGACUCCCUCAAACACACAAGAGUUCUAAAGUGCGACGGCAGGAAGGCAUCUCGCGUUUCUACGUCAUCCAGGUAGUGUUCCGCAACGCGCUGGAGAUCGGCUUUCUGGCCGGCCAGUACUUCCUGUACGGCUUCAACGUACCAGGGAUGUUUGAGUGUGACCGAUACCCAUGUGUGAAGGAGGUGGAGUGUUACGUGUCUCGUCCCACAGAAAAGACCGUGUUUCUGGUCUUUAUGUUUGCUGUGAGUGGCGUUUGUGUGCUGCUCAACCUGGCUGAGCUCAACCACCUUGGCUGGAGGAAGAUAAAGACGGCCAUGCGAGGGGUGCAGGCUCGAAGAAAGUCCAUUUGUGAAGUGCGCAAGAAGGAUGUUUCACACCUGUCCCAGACCCCCAACCUGGGCAGGACCCAGUCUAGUGAGUCAGCCUACCUUCAGACGCUACAUGCUGAUGAUGACACCACAGUUUUUUAUCCACCGAGCAGCUCUUUUCCAAUUAGCACCUGCCAGCAGGAUCAUCAGCACCCAGCACUCUCUUCAGAGGAGCUCAUGGGUAAAAUGCGAGGCCUCGCAGUUUCAGGAAACGUGCGCCGGAUCAGCAUGGCAAACCACGGUCCUUCUUACGGUAUGAGCCGUGAGGUUCAGAGUAAGAUUGAUAAAAAAUACGACCAGGAGCUGGAGGAGAGGCUGGUGGAGUGGAUCGUCUCCCAGUGUGGCUCUGGCGUCGAGCAGCCCGAGCCAGGCAGGAUUGGCUUCCAGAAGUGGCUCAAGGAUGGACGUGUGCUGUGUGAGCUCAUCAACAGCCUGUGCGGAGCCACCAAGCCCAUCAGGUCCAUCAAGGCCUCCACUAUGCCGUUUAAGCAGAUGGAGCAGAUCUCCCUGUUCCUCAAAGCUGCGGAAACCUAUGGAGUCGUUAAGACCGACAUGUUCCAGACCGUAGACCUCUUUGAAAGCUCAGACCUGGCUGCUGUCCAGAGGACCCUGAUGUCUCUGGGUAGUUUGGCAGUCACAAAGCAUGAUGGGAAUUACAAAGGAGAUCCCAAUUGGUUCCAUAAGAAGUCCCUAGGGAACAGGAGAGACUUCUCAGAGGAGCAGCUGAGUGAAGGCAAAAAUGUCAUCGGCCUGCAAAUGGGCACAAAUAAAGGAGCAUCUCAAGCCGGCAUGACAGGCUACGGACUACCCAGGCAGAUUAUCAACAACCCCUGAACCCGAGCACCGCUGUAACCCUCCCCCCGAUACACUCCUCCCUCUGUCCUCCCAAAGGCCAGUCAGCGGGGAUGAAGCGACUUGGACUCUUACCUUGGCCAUUAGGAGAAAUGUGACCUGACUGCUUUCAAGACGAAACUGGACCAAAAAACGGGGACCAACGACAACAUGUGCACAUACACGACACACACUCCACGUUGAGGAUACACACACUUGUAGAGAGCGUCAACAGUACUGAGUGAUUAGACAAUCCGACAGAGCGUUUAACGUGUCUUUUUACGACUACGCUUUUAAUUGUACAUAAUACUUUUAAAAACAUCAUUCCAGUUGUUUUGCAUCCUUUAAGUCACUACCUUAGAAUCAAACAGGCUUUUCAUUUCCACAAACCGUGAGAUUUUUUGAUUUCCUGCCUUACCAUACAUCCACUGCUUUCAGUUCAUCUCAGUACAACAAGUUUUCUGUAUUUUAUCGGCUACAUUGCUGCAACAUGAUAAAGCAGCAAUGCUUUCUGUUGGUGCAUUCAGGGACUACCUCAUAUCUUAGAUUUCCAAGCUUUUCAUGUUUGAAACAACAAAAUCCAUGUUUCCAACGCUUGAAAAUCAAUUACUGGACGUCAGGAUGUCCUUGAAUGCACCACCAAGGGGAGUUUUGCAAAUGUUAUCUACGCAUAUGAGCAGGGCCAGACAGCUAUAAUGCUAUACUUAAAUAAAAUGAAUGAUAAAGAGUAAACUGAGCACAUGGUUCAGAGAGAUUGAAAUACCUUUCCAAAGCAAAUUUCACACCUCUGCUGAAUCAUUGUGAACUGGAAUGAACUGAAACAGAUAAGAAGUACAAUACAUUUAAGUAGAAAAUCUGGAGUUAAUAGGUUACAAGAAGAGAUAAUUCCACUUUUUUGUAAAUUUUGAAAGUAAAUUCCCGGUUAAGUGACAAAAUUUAAAUACAGUUGUGUGUGUUUCACCUGCCUUGUGCAUUUAGUUCUCAGUUCAUUUCUAAUAAACGUUGGACCUUUUUUUUUUUAUUUUAACAUCAAUUGGACGAUAUUGAAAUAAAGUUUGAUUUGACUGUAAA